AUGGAGUCACCGAGGCACACGUGCGUGAAACUGGUAAUAUCAGAGCCCGACAACGAAACCGAAUCCGAACUCAUUUUCGUAAAAGGCACUUGGUACCUGACCCGUUUCGACCUCUCCAUCACUAACGGUCUGCAAGCCUGGACUUGCCACGCGACGGAGGAGGAGGUCAAGGAGAGAGCAUCGCAAUGGGAUCAACCGGUGAGUGAAUACAUUGACUUAGCUGAAAAAUACCUCGGGUUUGAACAGCCGGAUUCGGUUUACGGAUUUUCGGAUGCUGGAAACGGGUUCAGAAGGUUAACAUGGACCUUUGAGAAGGUAGGCACGAAACUGGAAUGGCGAUGGAAAUGUCAACUUUCACCAAAUAGCAAGAAAACUACAGCAGCUGUUUUGGACUUUCUCAUGGAUGCUAACAUAAGAUUAAGUGAGGAAGUUGUCUGGAAAACCCAAUCGGCUGACAGGCUCAAACUAGAGGCAGAAAAAUGUUUGGCUCAAAGUGAGAAACUCAGCAAUGAGAAGACUGAUUUUGAAAAUAAAAUCUAUGGGAAGUUUGUUGAGGUCUUGAACUCGAAGAAAGCAAAACUCAGACAGCUUCGUGAUCGGCUCUCCAAACAAGCAACUGCAAGUCAAUUGCAUGAAGAGGAGGAUGAGUCCACGGACAGGACCGAGAGUUUUGAUGAAGAAACUGAUGAAGACAACAAUGGUGAAGGGCAAGGGAAGAAUGACACAGGUACCUCUAAGGACGUCCCUGCUAGUAGGGCUCGAGGUAGAAAAAGGAAGUGA